AGCUACAAAGAAGUUAAACAGCAUCACGUAAACACCAUUAAACACCCCACCAAUUAGUACCAGAGCCAGUUACAGGUAGUGAAGGUAAUGAAGAAGCCGAGAGUGUCUGAAAGUCCGAAGUUUGUCUACCAAUGUAAACAAAUAGUCAGACCGAAUCCUGUGACAGUGAUUAGGACUGACGGCUUCUCAACUUCCUCCCUCCCGUCAAGUCGAGGCAGUUCCAAGGGGUGGUGACUUGAGGUGCGGCUACUACCACGACUCAAAGGGCAACAAGUCAAUAGGACGUCGGAGAGACGGAGUGUUGCGGAAACUUACAAUUUACGGCAGAAGUGAUACACAUCAGGAAAGAUGAGUGGGGAUGAUGCCAUAAAGACACCCAUUGAGGACGUGGAGGGCGGAUGGCUGCACCAGUUGGUCAUUUAUGCAGCAACAAAUCCUUGGGAGUUCUGUUGGUACCUGCUGCUUUGUUUGUCUCCAAUGUUCUUCAUUUCUGCAAUGCUUUCUUGGAAACUAGCUAAAGCACUAGAAGCUCAAGAAAAGGACAAGAGCCGUAAAGAGAAGAGGAAAGCCAACAUGAACAAGGUGCGGGCCAAGAGUCAUUGAGACUAAGCUGGAGUCAAGGCAAGGCUGUGUGCCCAAUGGGAUGGCGAGCAGCACACAAAGGUUUUUUUACACAGACCUGCUAGAGGAGUUAGUGGCAGUGGUAAAAAGAUUAAGUAGUGGCCAUGUUUAUAAUUUUAUUGAUAUUUUUUACUUUGUCAUGAAGUAUUAAUUUGCAGAUUUUUGUACUUUGUUACUUUUACUGUUGGUUCUUGCUGUCCAUUGUCAUCUUGUUGUAUGUACACACAUAUUUGAUGUUAGUAUGGUAAAAUAAGUACAGUCAGUAAAUAUUUUUUGCAUUUUUAUUAAUGAUUAUUAUUAAUAGCUCUGUAUUAAAAUAUUCCCUUAGGUUGUACUAUUUGUGUACAUUAAUAUCUUCCUGAAUGUGGUUCUUUUUUUGAACAGGCUACAUUACUUAGUUGCAGCAGUAUUCAAUUUUGAAAUGUUGACCGGUAUCCAGAAUCAAUGAAGACUAAAAAUGGCGUGAUAAUUGACUUAUUUUAAAAUUUUGAAAUGAUGACUAACUGUUCUACAUGGGAAAUGUAUACAUAUACAUAUUAAGUAAUCUGGAUAUGUGAUUACAGUACUCUUUAAAAAGUAUGUUCAUACAUUAAAUAACAAUAUGGAUGAAGUAUUAAAAGAUGGAGACAUGCAGUAAUAAUGAUAAUAAUAAUAAUAGAAAUAAUUCAGCAACACUAGUCAUUCUUGAACUUGGUGACAUACCUGCAUCACCUCACCAGCAAUAUGCAGGUUCAUAUUCUUAAAAGUUUGACAUCUUACUUAGACUAUUGUCAAAUUGUCAAAGGGGCAUAAUGGAAGGGAUUACAGUUUAAUGUAAUAGUUUAAUUACUCUCAUGGUAGUUCAACAAAGAUUUAACAUCAAUGAAAAAAAAAAAAAAACUAAGAAACUAACUUACUUUUCUACAUCCUUUGAAGAUGUGUAGUAUCUGUGAGGUUCCAAGACAUUUCAGAAUAUGGGUCACAGAAUCCUGAAGCAAUGAAGUGAUUAAUGCACCCAGUAACAAAAUUAUGCUUAUGAUAUUAUCACAAGGGAAAAAGAAAGCAAUUACAAAAAUGUGAUCUUAUAAUUGGCAAGGUGCUCAAAUAAAAAGCAAGACAAUUAGAUGUGUUAGGAUGUUGUUAAGAUGUGAGGAUCAGCUUUAUUUGUUAAGUGAAUAUAGCACAACUAAAAACAGAUGAGAUAGAAUAAAAACAAAGGAUUCUACAUUAUAUUUGAGUUAGUUGUGGGGAAGCUUAGAGGAAAAAGAAGAGCAUUAAGUGAGGAAGACUGUGAUGUGUCAUGGGCAAUAAUGGUAGCUCCGAUUUCAGUGGGAGUGUUAAACUUAUAUAAUUAUCAUUAACCCCUUCCCAGCAGAGGAUCUAUAUAUAGACGUUUCGAAAACGGGACUUUUUGUCGGAUCGUCUAUAUAUAGACACUCGUUCUUAUUUUGCUGCAUUAAGUUGUAGUGUCGUCUAUAUAUAGACGAUUCCUUACAAAUAACAAAAUUCAUAAAAUAAAUAAUGAUUUGGCAUCUUAACUACCCAAACACUGGUCAAAAUGACCUAUCAAGGCCAGUCACCGCUUAUGCUUUCUUGAUGGUAGAUGUGCUACGCAUUAAAGCUAAUACUGGAAAUUUUUUGCCUUAUUUACACUUUUUUUUUUAUCAUCAGCCUAUCAUGUCUAAGAGAAAUAACUGUACCACGCCAGCAACGUUGCCUAAAAAUGAAUAGUACAAAACAAGUAUGUAUGUGAAAAAAUAUGUACAUCCAGGUUACAAGUCUUGGAUGUGAGUAACUAAAACAUUCAAACAAGCAUAUUGACAUAUAUUGCCACCAAUGAAACACAAGCAACACUUACACAUAAAUUCAAUUGUUUGUUCAGUUUUGCGGCAGCGUCUAUACAUAAAUGUCAAUCAGGAGUAACCAUUUGCAGGGAAACUAUAUAUAGACGUAUGGAUAAAAGUCGGUAGCGUCUAUGUAGACGAUUUUCUAUUUGAUAGUUUGCUCAUCUGCCCUGCCACCGGGAAGGGGUUAAUAGUAAAUACAAUAUUACUUAUUUUUAAUCUUCACAUGUCUGUGCAAGUAAAAGAUGGUUUGUGCAUGUAAAAGUGAAAAUAUCUACAUAAUGUUGAAUAUGAAAGACAGAGACAUUGAUGUAUGUGGAAAGUAGGAAAUAUAUGCUACUAUUUUAAUUCUGUAAAGGAAUAAAAGAUUAAUAAUUAAAGAUAAUAGAUUGUUUAAAAGUCUCAAAUUCACAAGCAAUUUCUACACCAAGAUAUGGUACGCAAAUGGUUAUUAAGAGUUUAAUGUAUUCAUACCCUAAACUGUGGUUGCACAAAUUUUAUCAUGUUGGGGAAGGAUUUGAGAUGGUGUAUUUGUAGGCCUUUUAAUUCAUUAUGUUUAGAUAUAUAUUUCACUGUGGUAGGCAUAAACUGAUGGGAUUGGAUUGUAUGAGUAUUGCAGACAAAUCUUUCUUAGAUCUUUUAAUGAAAACUCUUAAUAGGUAUCUACUUAAUGCUUCUUUUGGCAUGACUUGCUGCCAGUUUCUUCUGCUUACCAAUGUAUAGUGUCCUCCUUUGCAUGAAGACUGAUGCUCUACCAAAAAUUAUUGGCAAGUUUCCCAUUCCAUUUCAAGUGCCAUUUUAUAUUUUUGUAAUGUGUCAUAUUCUAACUACCCUCCAUAACUGCCAUGCAGACUCUAAUCUGUGAACAAGUUUAGUGUAUGUGUUUUUGUAUGUUCAUUAAGAAAAAUAUGGCAUACUUGCUUAUAUGUCUCUCAACAUCUUUAUAUAUGUAGCAAAAAGAAAUAUAACUGUCCUUGCUUCAUGAAAAUAGAUCUUAGUCAGCUGAAAGAUAUGAAGUCUAAGCACAACAAAGUAACAUAGGAAUGAUUUUACAAGAAACACAGUCCGCAAGACACAAGAGAAUCUCUACACUUCAUUACCUGAAUGAUUGCUCCUGGUAAAUAAUAGGUAUACCGUGUAAGAAUUUAUGUAAAAAAUAUCAAAGUAUUCACAUACAACAUUUCUUUCCCAACACAAAAUGUUCAUAAAACUUCAAACUUUUAUCACAACUGAGCAUUGAUGCUUCAUAAGAAAAGACUACAGAAUUACUCACAGGAUCUAACAGUUUAAUGUAUUAUCAUGCACAUCUUGAUAUGUAAUAAGAAACAUCACCUUGAUAAACAUCCUAUGAACACUCAUAUUUGCAUAUUUAGAGUUUUGUGUAACUGAAAUGCCUUUCUAAUAUGAUACUUUUAAAGAUAUCACUUAAAAAUGUCUAAUAAAUGUAUCCAAACAGUAUGAGCUAGCAUGAUAUAUAAAAAAAAAAAAAAAAAAAAAAAAAAAAGUCAUUUAAAGAUUAAUUAGUGUUUUAAAAUAAAUAAGGUUAGAUGUUAUCUGUAUUGAAGCUGGACUGUGAUAUAGUUAAUUCUUGUAGUACCCUGGUAGGUAUGAAAUAUGCAACAGAAUCCAUACAAUAUUAAUUUCAGCACUAUGGAGUGUGUGACAAGAGUACUGUAGAUGAGCGGAGAAAUAUUAUUGUUUAUUUAGUAUGCAGAGCAGAAAGAGAAGACUAAUGUAAAGAACCUUCCACUUCAAAUAUCAGUUUACAGAGAACAAAUGGAAAAUGAGGUAGAAUCAUGGGUAAUAGUUGACAAGGAUGACCUAUUAAUGUGAAGAGGAUAAGGAUAUUUAGAAUACAAGAAAAAUAGUAAAACAGAAUGGUGUCUAAGAAGCAAAUAAAAAAAAAAAUUAUAGAAGUAUAAACAUAGAAUGACCUAAAAGAUGAAGUGAUAAAAGUAAAAUGUGUAACUCGAUCAAAGGAAAGACUAGAAAAGUAUGAAUGUGGAAACAGGAAGAGACAAACCUAUUAAAUAUUACAAUAGUAAGUAUUGCAUUCUUUUCUAUUGUGUUAAGUGUUUUCCAUCAAGCUUAAGCCAUCUGAAAUGUUGAGAAUUUAUUAUCAAACUUUUUUUUUGUGGACUGUCAGAUCAGAUGUCUUUUGGUUGAAAGAGCCAAUAAAAGUGGAAAUGAGAUUAAAAAUUUUCAGCUCAUAAAAGUGGAAUUGAGAUUUAAAAUUUUCUUCUUAUUCAUUUACCUUCUUGUUUUUACCAUGAACAAAUAUUGUCCUUCAGAGGAAGACAAAAGCACUUCCCCAGAAACACUGCCUGUAAAGUUUGCAAUGUAGGUAUAUAGUAGUGGUAAAUUAAUAUACUACAUAUAUUUUCAGAAUCAUAAUCAGUUCAUUUUUGCUCAAAACUAUCAAAUGAACAUUGUGUGGAGGCUCAUAUUUCAUGGAGUACUGGUUGGUAAUCGUAUGUGGCAGUAGGUCAGUUUUAUACAGCACAGUUGAAACAUUCAUUCCAUAAUAAAAACCAUAUUCUACAACAUUUUUGCUACGAUCCAAAAGGCUUUAGUUGAAGCUUUGCAAACUUUUGGAUAUUUUUAUGAUUAUAUUAACAUGUUAAACAAUGUUACUCCAUAAGUAAUAGGAAAACACUUGAAAACUCGGCUAAUCAUCUCUGUGGCCUUUGGAAAUAGUAUUGGUAAUUAAGGGAACAAAUUAUUUCUGAAUACAGACUCAAGAGGUGCAUGUACAGGUGAAGCUCAUGAGAUACAGCUACAAUGAAGGUCCUUGGCUGGGUGCUUGAGUCCUGAAUGUGCAUGUGUUGGAUAACUGUUGAUCAUAACGUGUUGUGAUGGUUAAUAUUCUUUUCCAGAACAAAUUACUUAUAUAGUAGAGAAUAAGUUUAAAAAGAAUAUAAGUUAUUACUUUUCAAUAUUCUGCUGAACGUCAAUUUUUUUUGUGCAUUUAAUUAAUAUGUUUGUUUCCCCUAAUUGCUGUACUAUCCAAAUGAACAUCAGUGAGCAUUCAAGUUUUAGUUCUAUUCUUAUGUAAGUCAUUAUUGCAAAAACCCUUUAUAUGUAUUACCAAGUUUUGUACGCGCUUUACCUUUGCAUACUUUGUCUCCUUUGUCUGAUGUUAUGAUUUAAUUAUAACGUAUUAUUAAAGAAGUACAACAUUGCUCUUCAUACAAUAAAGAUGAAAUGUAAAA